CCACAAAGGCAUUAGGCAAACGCCAGACGGGGUCUUUAAAAGCCGUCGGCAAUCACCAGCGCACACAGAGAAAUGUGAGACAGCGAUCUGCAAUGGCGUCAAUAUCUGGUCUCUGCUCUUCUUCUUCGUCCACGUUCAAAUCACAAACCAAAUUCGCUCCGAGAGCGCCCCCGAUUUGGAGAGAAUCGAUCGCAUUCGCCGAACGAUCGAAGAUCAUCGAUCGAUGCUGCGAGCGCGUUUCGAGCGUGGCGGCUCGGGCCGUGGCUCGGGUCGAGCCGGCGAGCCUGUCGCCCGCCGGCCGCGGAUUGGAGAAGGAUCCGGAAGAGCUCUGGCGGAAAUACGUGGAUUGGCUGUACCAACACAAGGAGCUGGGGCUGUACUUGGACGUGAGCCGGAUCGGGUUCACGAACGCCUUCGUGCAGGAGAUGGAGCCCAAGUUUCAGGCUGCAUUCCGCGCCAUGGAGGAGCUGGAGAAGGGCGCGAUUGCGAACCCUGACGAAGGCCGAAUGGUCGGCCAUUACUGGCUCAGGAACCCUCAGCUCGCGCCCAAGUCGUUCCUGAGGUCGAAGAUCGAGAUCGCGCUUGAAGCUGUGUCCAACUUCGCGAACGACGUUGUCAGUGGCAAGAUUAAGCCCCCAUCAUCUCCUGAGGGCCGAUUUAAGCAUGUGCUUUCUGUUGGAAUUGGUGGUUCUGCCCUUGGGCCAGAGUUUGUCGCAGAGGCAUUGGCUCCUGAUAAUCCUCCCUUAAAGAUAAGGUUCAUUGACAAUACAGAUCCAGCUGGUAUUGAUCACCAGAUUGCACAGCUUGGCCCUGAGUUGGCUUCUACACUUGUAAUAGUUAUAUCAAAGAGUGGAGGCACUCCAGAAACUAGAAAUGGUUUGUUGGAAGUACAGAAGGCUUUCCGUGAAGCUGGCCUGGAUUUUGCAAAGCAGGGUGUUGCUAUUACACAAGAGAAUUCACUAUUAGAUAACACUGCUAGAAUUGAGGGGUGGUUGGCUAGAUUUCCAAUGUUUGACUGGGUAGGUGGUAGAACAUCUGAAAUGUCUGCAGUUGGUCUACUUCCGGCAGCCCUUCAGGGAAUUAACAUUAAAGAAAUGCUUGCUGGUGCAUCUUUGAUGGAUGAGGCAACUAGGACCACUGUGGUGAGGAAUAACCCUGCAGCAUUGCUAGCUUUGUGUUGGUAUUGGGCUUCUGAUGGAGUAGGAUCCAAGGAUAUGGUUGUUCUUCCUUACAAGGACAGCCUACUAUUAUUUAGUAGGUACUUACAACAGCUAGUCAUGGAAUCACUUGGGAAGGAGUUUGACCUAGAAGGUAACCGAGUGAAUCAGGGGCUUACUGUCUAUGGAAAUAAAGGGAGCACCGAUCAGCAUGCCUACAUCCAACAAUUGAGGGAGGGCGUGCACAACUUUUUUGUGACAUUCAUUGAAGUCUUACGCGAUAGGCCCCCUGGCCAUGAUUGGGAGCUUGAACCAGGGGUCACAUGUGGUGAUUACCUGUUUGGAAUGUUACAGGGAACUAGGUCAGCCUUGUAUGCCAACGACAGGGAGUCCAUCACAGUCACUGUGCAAGAAGUGACACCUAGAUCAGUGGGGGCUCUAAUUGCGUUGUAUGAGCGAGCAGUUGGGAUUUAUGCCUCACUGGUCAAUAUUAAUGCUUACCACCAACCAGGUGUGGAAGCUGGGAAAAAAGCAGCAGGAGAAGUAUUAGCUCUCCAGAAGCGGGUUCUUGCAGUACUCAAUGAGGCCAGCUGUAAGGAGCCUGUCGAACCACUGACCAUUGAUGAAGUAGCUGAACGCUGCCAUGCCUCUGAAGAUGUAGAGAUGAUUUACAAGAUCAUAGCUCACAUGGCUGCCAAUGACCGAGCAAUUAUCGCCGAAGGCAACUGUGGUUCGCCUCGCAGCCUCAAAGUGUACCUCGGGGAGUGCAGAGUGGAUCAAACAUUCGAAUAAGUGGCUUCCAGUCUACGGUUUUUGACAGUCUGCUUGAGUGAGAGAAUAAAUGGUUGAAUUGUUUCAAAAUAAUAAAAAAAAAAACCUUGGUUUUGAGUGUAUCACUGUCUGCUGCUCAAUAAUUUACAGGUUCUUGUUGGAGAGCUCUACCUUGUGUUGCAUUUUGAAGAAACAGGGGUACGGAUGUUUUGGUUCUAUUCAUUUUAACUAAUGAUUAUGUCAAAGCAUUGUCCUCAAUAAGCCUGAAAUGAAACUUGGUCUGGUUUGGUUUGGUUUCA